AAAAAAAAAGAACAAUCCAAAACCCCUUGUUGAAUAAACCCUCGAGUUUCCCUUCACUCGCUCUUCAAGCCUGCUCACUCAUCGAGUUUUUCUGUUCUGUGAAUCGAUUUUCUGGAGAAAAUGAACUUGGGGAACUCCAAGAACCCAAAAAUUUCCUCACCACCCAAACACAAUCCCCUCGAACUCAGCCUCCAACAAGCCUUCACCAACAUCCAAAAUCAUUGCUCUGGUUUCCUGCACCACCUCUCUCACUUUCCUGUCUUCAACCCCAACCCUUCUUCCCUCAAAACCCAACUCGAGUCCACCUUCGCCAACCUCCAAAACCAAGCAAAGCAUGCAUUCCAUACUGGGUUGUCAAGCUCUGUUCCCAAACAUUCUUCUGGGAAAACCCCAGUUUGGGCCCGAAUUGCGGUAAAUAACAAAACCCAGACCACCAAUUCCCCUGGUAAUGGGUCCAAAGCCGCCAUGUCUACCGAGGCAAUCGAAGAGCGGCUUGCUGGAGUGCCUGUUUAUGCUCUCAGUAAUGCCGCUGAGGAAUUCGUGUUGGUUUCGGGUGCUUCAAGUGGAAAGUCUCUUGGAUUGUUUUGUUUCAAGAAAGAGGAUGCAGAGGCACUUCUUGAGCAUAUCAGAAUUAUGGACCCCGGAAUGCGAAGCGGGUCUAAAGUGGUGGCCGUGGCUUUAAAUAAGGUUUUUCAGCUCAAGGUUGAUGGAGUAGCCUUCAGGUUGAUUCCUGAGUAUUCUCAAGUCAAGAACGCGCUUAAGGAGAAGGAAAAGGUUGGAACUUCUGAUGAUGAUGGCUUUCCCGGGGUGCCAGUUUUCCAGUCAAGGAGCUUGAUUCUUAGAAGCCAAAGCAAGAGCUAUCGUCCAGUGUUUUUCAGGAAGGAGGACUUGGAAAGUUCACUAUCAAGAGCUUCUCGCGAGCAGAAUCAAUUAAAUCCUGCCUUCAGACCUGGGGAUGUUCAGGUUGCUGUUCUUGAAGAAGUAAUAAAGGGGAUGAAGGAAGGUUCUACAUCAACGUGGGACGAUGUUGUUUUCAUCCCUCCUGGAUUUGAUAUCUCUACUGAUCCUACCAAGCAAUAGGAUAAUGCAAAGAGCAGGCAAUGGCGUCUUCGACAAUAAUAUUAGCCUAAUACAAAACUUACAUAUGAUGAGUUUACUUUAGUAGGGAUUCGAUUUUGCGAUUGUAGCUGUGGUACCCCACUGUAAUGCACUGACCUUACCAGCAAUUUCAAAUAUUCUGUCCUCUCGGUCCUGCAACAUGAUUUUAAUAUUCAUGU